AUGGAUGUAGUCGGCAGCGAAAUAGGCCAGAAAAUGCGGUCUGCAAUCAAGGCCAAACUUACAGAGUUGGGAUGUUAUGUUGAUGAUGAAUUACCAGAUUAUGUAAUGGUGAUGGUUGCAAAUAAGCGCACACGAAGCCAGAUGGAAGAGGACCUACAACUCUUUUUAGGUGACAACACAGAGCUGUUUGUAAAUUGGUUGCAUCAGGUGCUAAAAAAACUACAGGAGGUCACUGUUACUGCACCUUUGAUUACAAUAGAGGGUGAAAAGAGCAAAGAGAGAUCUCGGUCCAAAGAGCGGAAAGCUAAAGAUAAGAAGCAAAAGGAAAAAGUGAAAAAGAGUGAUGGUGCUAAAAAAUCAAAAAAGAAAGAGAAAGAAAAGACACACCGAAAAAAGGAAGACAAGAAAAUGCAUAAGAGUAAGAAAAAGAGUAAACAUCACGAAAUGAUUCGGCCGAAUGUACCUCCGUUGCUCAUGAAUAUCGAAAAGGAGUCUGAACCAUCAAUAACUGAUGUUUUUGCUGGACAAAUUUUAAAAAAUCACGGUAUUACUAUAGAUGAUAGUAAACAAGAACAGAUACAUGUGGAUCAGAAGUCCUCGAUAAAAGAAAUCAAACGACCUAUUCUCCCCAUAAUAGAUCCAGCUACAAUAUUAUCUCAACCUGAACUAGAAACGGAACAAACAGUAAGUGUAUCCUCUGUUGGAGGUCCACGAGAAGAACAAAUUAAAGAAAUAAAUGAAAUAGAAGCAAAGAUUUCAGGUUUGAAACAGAAACUGGCAGAUCAGUUAGACUCAAUGUCUGAUGAUGAGGACUUUUUAAAUAUAAGAACAGAGGCAGAGGAGCUUAUGAAUGAUUUUGCAGAAGAUGUUCUUCAGGAAAUAUCCCAAUCGGCGCCAGUAGUAACUACUCCUCUAAUUUCCCAAACCUGCACUUCUCAAAUACCUACUACAGAAGUUCCCAAAGAAACACCAGAAGAACUCCCCAAAGAAAACCCAAAAGAACUCACCAAAGAAACCACAGAAACCCUUCCCCACAUUGAACUCAACCUACCUAAAAGGCCUAUAAGAGAGAGGCUUGGAGUUCGAGAGCCACCUAAGCAAGUACCUGAAAUCAGAGAAAAAGAAAAAGAUAUGGCAACAAAACCUGCUGAGAGUCCUGAAAGAUUCACACCAGAGAGACAACCAGAAGCUCAAGCCCAACUUAAGUCAGUGAAAAGCCGCUUGGGCGGCACACCCGAGCGGCACGACAGAAUCUCUUUUUCUGAAGACACUAACACAGAAAAAUCAGAGCUGUCUAAAAGAUUAACUUCAAGAGUUUCGGUGCUUGAAAAUCGUCCCACCCGUUCAACUUGUGCUAGCGUGGUCCGAGUGAGACCACGGCCUCGUGUUUCUGCGCCUGCUUCGAAUUUACUUCUAAAAGCUGUGGCUGACGCCCACAAAAGUUUACUUAAUGCCCCACCAAAAGUGGAGCCAGAUCAACAGAAAGUAAAACGAGCGCUUGUGCUACCAAUGAGGCGGUGCGUAGAUGCGCAGAAAAUUGUCAUUCAGGUGCCAGGCGACAGCACACAGAUGGACACACGUAGCGAUAUUACGAGCACCGGUGACAUGGACACCGAUGGAGACGACAAAAACUCCAUGCACGAAAACAAUGUCACAAGUAAAAAAGAAUUCGCACCCAUGCAGAUAACGAAAGUGAUCAAUAAUACAGAUUAUAUGCAACACAGGACAACAAGUAGGCGAGAUGAUUCCCUGAUAAUAGAAACAAUUAAUAUCCACAACCCAACUGUAGACAAGGACAGAGAUACAAAAUUCAUUGUCACAAUGGAUGGUUACCUUCCAAAUGCUUUCCUAGCAAAGAAACUAAUGAUGGAAGGACUUCUUGAUGAUGAUGACAUUGAUAAAGAGAAACUUAUAAAACCAGCAAAAAGUGUAUUGAAAACAAAAGAUAUGGAUGGUGAUGUGGAUAAAGAUAAAAAUAUAUCAGACAAAAGUGUACUGAAAACAACGGACAAAGAUGAGGAAAACAAAGAGAACAAAGAGAAGGAAAAAGCUGAAAAGCCUACAGAAGAAGUAGAAUCACCAAGUGUAAAAGUGCCAAGUGAUAUUGAAAAAAAACGGUUAAGUGAUACAAGUGAAGAAAGUGAUACACAGGUUAUAAUUAAACAAGAAGAACCGGAACAGAGUGGAGAAAAAAGAAAAAGUAUUGAAGUAACCACUGAGAACGACUCUGUGUCACAACUAGAAUCACCUCCUGUUAAGAAAAGAAAAGCAUCUCCUAUUGUAUUCAGUGUAGAUAAGCAAGAGAAAGAAGUAGAAAGAGUCCGAGAGAGGACACAAAGUGCAAGUAGUGACGGCCAUGUUGUUGUUACCACCACUACAGAUUCUCACAAAUAUGAUUCUCUACCCCCUUUGAGCCAAGCGGAGCGCAAGCUGGUGUGGUGCCGUUCGUUUCCGCUGUGCCGGUUCGGGUCGGCGUGCGCGUUCGCGCACCCGCGCUGCAAGUUCGCGGCCAGCUGCACGCGCCGCGGCUGCGUGUACUCGCACGCGCCCGGGCCCCUGCCCUCCACCCCGCCGCCCGUGCCACCCGUGCCGCCAGUGCUCGCUUCUCACGUGGUCCCCGCAGCAAACUAUAAGUCGAUCUCAGCGGGAAACUUGGCUAACUUGUGCAAGUUCUACCCGAACUGCGUGAACCCCGCCUGCCACUUCUAUCAUCCAAAGCCGUGCAGAUAUGGGAAGGCAUGUGUUAACAAACUCGAGUGCAACUUUUAUCACAACGACGUACCUUUAGGAAAAUGGAAAUACCCAGUAUAG